CAGAUUUGUCAAAUAGUCCGUGCAUGGCAUGGUUGUCAGGAUAGCCAUCGAUUCAGCUAGGUAUCAGGGUGGACACUUUUUUUUUUAUCAGCCUUUAACAGAAGUUAAACCGUCAGAAUUAGGAGUCAGUCUAUCCUUUCUGUCAGUUUAAACGGCUGUCCACACUCUCGAAGAGCAGAUUUUUUUUUACAUUUGUCAUUGCUCGGUUAGCUAACAAGUUAACGUUGCUCUUUGAAAAUGGCGGAUCUACCACCAGAGAAAAGCCUGGACGAUUUCUUUGCCAAGCGGGAUAAAAAGAAGAAGAAAGAGAAAGGAAAGGGGAAGGAGUCCAUCCCCGGGCCUACGUCAGGAGUGAUUAAAAAAACAAAGAGAGAGAAGGAAAAAUCUACGAAAAACGACAACCAAGACCAACAAAUCGAGAAGGAGGACGAGGAAUGGAAAGAGUUCGAACAGAAAGAAGUUGACUAUAGCGGGCUCCGACUCCAAGCCUUACAGAUAAGUGACGAGAAGGAGGAGGAGGAGUACGAGAAGGAGGAAGUUGGAGAGGAUGGAGAGAUCAUUCUGGUCAGUGGAGACAAAUUCUCUGGUCCCUGGAACAAGUCGGGUGCUCCGCCGCCCGUUGCUGCUGCACCUGUGGAGGAAGAAGAGGAGCCCGAGUCGAAGCCUUCCGGUGUAUAUCGCCCUCCAGGGGCUCGGCUGACCACCAACAGGCGAACUGCCACCCAGGGACCCCCUGAGAUCUUCAGUGACACACAGUUCCCCUCUCUGAUGGCCACUGCCAAGCAUGUGGAGACACGCAAGGACAGAGAAAUGGAGAAGACCUUUGAGGUGGUGAGACACAGGAACCGUGGUAGAGAGGAGACAGGUGGUAGUGCCUCUAUGCAGCAGUUGCAGCUUGACAACCAGUACGCCAUCCUGGGGGACAAGUAGAGACUCCCCCCUCCGUCCCCUGGCCCCUUCAGCACGGUCCUGCCCAGCCCCUCAAGAAAGCCAGCUGUGUUGACUGCAGUCCUGACCAAGCUCACCUUGCCACCAUCAUCACACUGGUUACUCGUGCACACACACAGCCUCAUGUACACACACUCAUACACAGCAAUACCAACGCACCACAUACAGUGACACUCCCUUUAAUAGCAACACACUUGACAUCCAUUCGUUGGCAAAACUGAAGGACUGCAUCUGAAGGGGCUGUUGAAAGAGGGAAUAAUUUAAAAGGAAUUGGUCAAAUACACCCAAACGUACAACACUGCAACAGCAACGGCAGAUGGCAUAUUUGUCCUUUGUGGAUUGUACUCAGCAGUUGUACGCAACUUUUCUCUGGACUUCAACUUGCUUCGAUAAAGCCACAGAGGAUAACUUUAGGCAAGAUGAUUUUACAAACUUCUGUGAAAAUAUCUAUUUUUUUGCAAGAUCGUUAUAACCCAAUCGCACAUGGUAUUUUGGGGUGUGUUUUUGAGUUGCAGUGGGGGCUUCAGGAGUGGGGAUACUACCUCAGCAGCAUUGCUGGUGGUGAAGAUGUGGACUGAGCUUUUUUUUUUUUGCUGUGGUGGUGAACGGGGCAAACACCAGCCCCCCCACGUACAAGCCGGCCAUCAGGCUCUUUAAAUAAGAAACUUGAAGCUUUGGUUUUGACACAAGAUGAUGACGCUCUGCAAAGAUCUAUGGACAAGAAGCGAAAGGUUGUGGUCCUCAUUUAGAAUUUCUAUAUAAAGUGGCCUUACUGAUAGAAGAAACUGCUUUGUCAUCUAAAAAGAACUUUGCUUGUUGUCUAAAGGGCUGCUGCCUGCCUCUGAAUCUCACCACUUUGUGACAAAAAAAUCAUAUACACAAAAAAUCUUUCUGUUCAAGAAUGUAGUGCUGUUGUAGUAUGCCUGCAAAUUACAACUACUAACUAUCCCUCAUAUCCACCAUUUAAUUUAGCUGCAUCUAAUUCAUUUUGGUCAUUCUAGACAUAAGCAAAAGAGAAGCUAAAGCCUGUUUCUAAUCUGAAAAGGUUAUUUUUGGUAACAAAUGCUUUGCUGUGGUUUGACACCAGAUGAUCACAGAUGUUACAGUAUCAAGAAAAAAUGACGGAACAAACUUUAAAUGCAUAUUUGUUAAGGUUAUUUGGACAAACUGAGUUUGCAGCUUUUUAUAAUUAAAAGUAAAGUGGUACAUUUCAACCCCAGUUGUAAGACUUUUCCUAUCUUUUCUCUUUUUUUUUUUUUUUUUUUUUAGAUCAAGGCUUUUCCUCAUAAAUACAUUUGCUGUCAUUGCAUUGAGUAUUUGAGUUACAGCAAAUACUCUGUAAAAAAAUCUAACUGUCACCAAACCAACAGUACUAUCCACUUACAAAAACAGUGGUACGCCCAGUUAAAAUAAAAUGAGUUUUUACUACAAGCAUAGUUGUGUUAAAAAAAGGUGAAGAACUGGAUUUAUGUUAUGUUUCUGUCCUUGUCAUAAAAGAUGCCAGGGAGUGUUGAUCCCUGCCGGAACACUUUGGGUGGACGUAGAUAAUAUUUGUGAUGAAAAGAGAAGAGCCAAACACAAAAAAUAAAGUGAUCCUUGUGACUGAA